GGGUCGUCUUCUCCUCACUCAUCCGCUCACUCAUUCUCCAGCCAGAGUAGAGAACAACAGCAAGACUCCUUCAAAAUGAUGUCUUCUUCUUCCACCCGCACCUACAUGUCCUCAGGAGGACCUUCUCGCUUAUCUGUCUCCGGUGGUGGAGCUGGUCGUGUCUCAGCCAUGCGUGCCGGUAGCGUGUAUGGGGGAGCAGGAGGAACCGGUGUCCGUAUCUCCAGUGCCUCUGCUUCUCGUUCCUUCUCUGCUGGAGGUGCUGGCUUUGGAGGUGGUGCUGGUUUCAACCUGACUGAUGCCAUUGAUGUGUCUGCAAAUGAGAAAGCCACCAUGCAAAACCUCAAUGACCGUCUGGCCUCCUAUCUGGAGAAGGUGCGCUCCCUCGAGAAGGCUAAUGCUGAUCUUGAGCUGAAGAUCCGCCAGUUCCUGGACAGCAAGACGGGCCCCUCUGCUCGUGACUACAGCGCCUAUUUCGCUACUAUCAGUGACCUCCAGGCCAAGAUUCAGAAUGCUACUGGUGUAAAUGGAGGCAUCUACUUGAGCAUUGACAAUGCCAAGCUGGCUGCAGAUGACUUCAGAGUCAAAUAUGAGAAUGAGCUGAGCAUGAGGCAGUCUGUAGAGGCAGAUAUUGCUGGGCUGAGAAGGGUGCUGGAUGAGCUGACAAUGACCAGAUCUGAUCUGGAGUUGCAGAUUGAGGGUCUGAGAGAAGAGCUGAUCUUCCUCAAGAAGAAUCAUGAGGAGGAACUCUUGGCAAUCCGUGCCCAGAUGAGCGGACAGGUCAAUGUAGAGGUUGACGCAGCGCCACAGGAAGACCUGACAAAGAUCAUGGCUGAAAUCCGUGAGCAUUAUGAGGCCGUUGCUAAUAAGAAUCGCAAGGAUCUUGAGGCUUGGUUCCAGUCCAAGAGCGAAGCCCUUAACAAGGAAGUUGCUGUCAGCACAGAAACCCUUCAAACAUCCAGAUCUGAAAUCACAGAGGUUAAACGCACACUUCAGGGUCUUGAAAUCGAGCUACAGUCACAACUCAGUAUGAAAGCGUCGUUGGAAGGCACUUUGGCAGACACACAGGCCCGUUAUUCCGCCAUGUUGUCCGGCUACCAGUUCCAGGUGACCAGCUUGGAAGAGCAACUGGUGCAACUUCGUGCCGAUCUGGAACGCCAAGGUCAUGAGUAUCAGAUCCUUCUGGACAUCAAGACCAGACUGGAGAUGGAGAUCGCAGAGUACAGAAGACUUCUGGAUGGAGAGACUGCUAGCCUCUCAAACACAAGCACAAGCUCAAGCACAAGCACAACUACACGCAAAGUGGUAACCAUUGUUGAAGAGGUGGUGGAUGGCAAAGUGGUCAGCUCAUCUUCCCAGGCUACAAGCCAGACCGUGUCUCAACAAAAGACCUCUUGAGCAGCAACAAUCUACUUCAGAGUGAUUAAAAAUACCAAUAAACUGGUCUAACUGUGAA